AUGACCAGUUAGUUUUAUCGUAUAACAUAACCAGGACGCAGCCUGCGUAAUAAAUCAGUUUUUCUUUUUACGUUUAUUGUCUACAACAAAAUGAAAAUACACCCGUCCUGGUUAUGUGACCCAUUUAAAGCUUGCGUUUUGAAGUGUCCGUGGUUGUAAACAGUUGCUUUAAUGUGUUUUAAUUAAUCUUUAUUGAUUUUUUAGCUUUCAACAUUUAUUGGCCAAAGAUAUCUGGUGGGGAAGACGUCGAAGGUCAAAUGAUGGACUCGUCGUCUUCCGGUUAUCGUCGCAUGGGUGGAAGGUAGGUUUUUUAGUUUUCUUUUUGAGUUUUAGAUAAUGAAUUGAAUAAUGGCUUUAUAAAUUUUAUUUUAGUCAAAAAUUUCAUAAUCUGUUAUGUUGGACAAGAAAAUUAAUAAGAUGUUUACAGAUCGGCACCACCACGAAAUAUAUUUUUCUUUGGCGUUUUAUUGAUUUUGGUUGUAUUGUUCUCUGUCUUCUUCUUAUACCUAUCUGCUUCAAGUGAUUUGACUGCACUACGGGACGAAGUUCAUUACCUAAACGAUCAGAUUUCAAAACUCAAAAGUGAUUUGCUCAGUAAGUCUAAUAAUAUAAUAUUUAUAAAAAUUGCAUUGAUUUUUUUUACUUAUGUGAAUUUGAAGAUUAAAAGAGUAUUUUCAGAUGUAAAUAGUCAAUUAGAAGGCUCAAACAACAAGUUGACUGCCUGCAAUGUGGAAAUCAAACAAAAGACUUCAGAAUUGGAAAGUAAGUUAUUUUUAUAUUUUUUUUUGCUUUUAAUAACACGCUCGAGACAUCAUAAAGAUGUUAAUAGAAGUAAUUUAGGUUGUUUGCCUUUGUUAUUCAGUAAAAACUCAUAUUAUAAUUAUUACUAUAACUUAAUAUUUUUAGGUUGUACAACCCAGAAAUCUGCGGAUCGUACAAAAGUAGAAGCGUUGACGAAACAAAAUUCUGAAUUACAAAUCGAAAAGAAAGCAAUUGAGGAUGAAAUGACAUCAAAAAUGGCAGCAAUGAAGACCGUGGGCGUAAAUCAAGAAGCCAUUUUGACGAAACAAAAUGAAACGAUUGACCUAUUAAGACGAGAUUUGAUCCUGAAGGACGAGUUAAUACAGAAACUGCAGAAGAACGAAGCUAACCCUGUUUUAAAUACUGAUAAUGGGCAAGCUAAAAGUCUGGAUGCUACCUCGUCAUCAUUGAAUGGUCAAGCUGGUACUAUUGGUCGACUCAGUUCUGUUAAUGAUGUCAAUAGACAAGCUAGUUCUGUUAAUGUUCUUAAUGGACAAUCAAGUCGUGCUGUUGGUCAAGUUACAACCACUAAGUUCAAUGAAAACAUCAAUGUCGUUCUGCGACCGGUCGAAAAUUUGAAUGGAGGAGUCAUGAGCAACGGUCAAGCACAGAAUAUAAUCAACAAUGCCAAUUCUCUUAAACCAAUUCAAAACGCUAUGGAAAACGUCGCUCCGAAGCCCCAAGAAGUCGCUAAACCUGUGCAAGCUCAAGUUCUGGAUUCUGCUCAAAACCCUUCCGCUGAUGCCGUUUUAAUACCGCCCCAAGCUCAACCAGGUGCCAGAGUUCGUGUGCAGGAGCAAACAAACAGCGAACAAGAUGGAGGUCUUUUUAAGGAUGUGCAAAAACCUGGUUUAUAAUUAUUUUAGUCUUUUAAUGCAUAAUUUUGGACAAAUUUUAAUGCUUUUUAAUUGAUUUUCCACCAAAUUAGAAAGUUUUUAGUAAAAAUCUGAAAAGAUCAUAAAAUUUUUAGCAUUUCUGGAUUACUAAUGAUUAAUUUUUGUCUUCUUGACUUUGCUUUUGUCUAUAUAUUCGCAUUUCUUGGCCAAAUUUCGUUAUGUGAUUUUAUAUUCUAUUGUGAUGUACAGACUUUGUUUAUUUAUAUUUUUAAAGAUUAUAACGUUUGAAAUUGAUAAAAAUGACGAUUUUUUAUAUUUUUAAAGAAUUUAGCUGUUAAUAAACUCUGUGAUAUAUCGACGUAGCUUUACAGUUUUUUGUUUGAUUCAACUCUAUAUUUGUAAUUCGUUGUAUUUUUAAUUCUGAAUUUUAAUGAAAUUACGUUUACGCUAAAACUAGGCUUUAAACGUAAUAGAAGGUACAAUUUAUAUGUUUUAACAUGUUUAAAAAUAACUUUAAAUUUAUUGUAUAACAUAUAUUUUUAGAAUGAAAUCAUUUUUCGACCUCAGCAGCCUUGACAAUACUAAUGGCUUAAAGACGGUUUUAUUAGACAAAACACCUGAUAAAGGUAAGAUUUCAUAAUUUAUUUCUUCAGUUUGAACUUCUAUGUUUUUUAAUAUAACCUUUAAAUCAAUUAUUUUAGCAAUAUUUAUUUACAUUCAUUUUUUCAGAAUUGAUCCAGCCAGUGGAAGCAGAGUUCUCUCAGAAUUCCUUAGAAGUCACAACUCUGAAGUCUCUACAGAAUCUACAGGAUGAGGAGUACGAUAUUUUAGUGAUUGUGUGUGAAACCGCCGAUUCAUUCGACCUUGGUCACGCUCUUCAACUUCUGAAGCCUCGCGGCCAAUUGUUCGUCAUCGAGAAGGAGGGUGGGAAGAGCACGAUCAAAAAGGAUCUCGAAUUCUCAGGAUUUGAUGACAUAAAUGUGGACGAAAAGAGCGGAUUAACUUUGGCAAAAGCACGAAAGGCCAAUUUCAGCGUUAAAUCACAGCCCUUGAAGUUAAAGUCGAAGAAGAAGAUUGAUUUGGACAAUUUGCAAGGUGACGCUUUGGAAGAGGACGAUCUCCUGACUUCUGAAGACUUGAAGAAACCCAACAAUCCCAUGUGCACCCCAAAUCCCACAGACAAAAAGAAGAGGGCUUGUAAGAAUUGUACCUGUGGAUUGGCGGAACAAGAAGCGGAAGAAGCUGCUGCGAGUGGUAAUAUUAAAAGUAGUUGUGGAAAUGUAAGCGUUUUUAUUUUAAUAUUUAUGUAAAUUUUUAUAAUAUUUUUUUCUACAAAACUUCACGAAAACCUUUCAUAUUACUUAUAAUUUUAAAAAUCUAAAAAUUUUAUUUAGUGUGCACUAGGAGACGCGUUCAGAUGUUCCAGCUGUCCUUACAAAGGUCUUCCGCCAUUCAAACCUGGUGAAAAAGUGCUUCUCAAUGACAUUGACGACUUGUAG